UUUGCAUUUUGAUAAAUUUCACCUCAAAUCUUUCCAAAUAUCGAGCCGCUGCUUGCUCCUUCACAUUCAUAUCUUUUUUACCGCGCGAAUCAUGUCACGAUACAGCCACCGAAAAUGUCCACUUUUGACGGAAUCAUCAGAGAGUUCCCUGACAUUCGAGUGGAUUUCUUCCGCAACAACGGUCUCCAACCACCACUCGCUUGCUUCCUGAGCCAUGUGCACAGCGACCAUCUGGCCGGACUAGAGUCGCUCAGAUCCCCCUUUGUGUAUUGCUCGGCGGCCACCAGGGAGCUGCUGUUGCGUCUGGAAAGAUAUCCAUGCCGAAUAAACUAUGCCAAAGGUAUUCUGGAGGCACGAGUACAGACAUAUAAGCACCUCAAGAACUUGUUGAAACCCAUUCCGCUUGACACGCCAACCCAGAUUGAGCUUGCGCCGGGAAAGAGCAUUGGUGUUACUUUGCUCGAUGCGAAUCACUGCACUGGGGCCGUCAUGUUUCUCUUUGAGGGUGGCGGAAAGGCAGUUCUCUACACAGGAGACAUCAGAAGCGAGCCAUGGCAUGUCAACUCUAUCGCUCGAAAUCCAUGCAUGAUAGAAUAUUCUGCAGGGAUCAAGACACUGAGCCGCAUUUAUCUGGAUACAUCCAACACCGAAGACAUUAGCUUCCCUUCCAAAGACGCUGGGCUCAAAGAGCUUCUGGAAAAGGUUGCUCGAUACCCCAAAGACACCAUAUUUCACUUUCAGGCCUGGACCUUUGGGUACGAGCAAGUGUGGAUAGCUCUCUCAAAAGCGCUCAACUCUCCCAUCCACGUCGACGACUACAAGAUGCAGUUAUACAAAUCCCUUGUCACAAAAGGAAACCCAAAGGAUCCCUACGCGACUCAGUUCCAAAUGGGUCCAGAGGCUGCUGCACUCGUGGGUUUCAUGUGUGGCAACACGGCACAUCCUGGCUGCCUUACCAGGGAUGUGAAUGUGCGUUUGCACAGCUGUGAGAAGGGAAACUACUGCAAACCCGUUCAAGAUGCCGAGGCCGCCGGCACUAUUGUGCACAUCGAACCUAUAAUCACCAGACUUGCGGGGGGUGAAGAGGUUGCUGAAAUGGGGAUUGGUGGUGGCGGUGACGACUUGGAGCGCGAGGCUGAAUUGGACUCAUUUUCCCUCCAGGACACUGGAGGUUUGUUGCAAAUCAUAUCCGAGAAUCAAGCCAUCGAGAACAGCGUCAAGGUCAAAAUCGAGGAUUUCUUAAUGAAUUCUAUCGGCACAAGGCGCAACGUCAGUCUCGAUAUGGCGAUAAACCUAUUUGACGAGAGUAACGAAGCAGACCUCAAUAAGGCUGUGGACAGCUUGGCUCGCAAAAAGUCUACUUUAACUUCUGGGCUAUCCAAAGCAUCCUCUGAGAAGCGUGCAGAUGUAGUAACCACUGAAGAUGACACUAGGGAGAUUUUACCCAGACGAGUGAGGUUUCCAUAUUCGAGGCACUCCUCCUAUCCAGAACUUUGCCAUCUAAUCGAGAGGUUUCGCCCAAUUGACGUGUGGCCUUGCACUUACCACGGGAAGGAAUGGCUUCAGCAGGGUCUUAGCAUCAAGUCUCUGUUUGGCGAAUACUGCUCUGGAGAUGUAUUUGAGCACGAUAAAAUCCAAGCGCGCUUUGCGUCACGAUCAAAAACAAGUGAAAUCGAGCACAAUGUUGAUAGCCAGUUCAGUGCAAUUACUCAGAGAUCGGACGAAGUAGGCGAUCAGCCUAGUCAACAAAUCGAACAUGAUCGGCAGUUCCUGACAGAUUCCGAGGACAGCCGACAUGAGAAGGGCCCUGGCCCCUGGCGCGCAUCAGAUAUGGUCGAUCUGACAUCGGACGUCCUGAAUGCGACGAGUCGUCAUCACAAGAGAGACUUUGCCGCCUUUGUCGGUUCCGACAUGGUUACUCCUGAUGGUCGCGACCAGGGUAUCAUUGAGAAUGAUGGUACAGAAAACCAUCCAGAAGAUAUAUUCUUGUACGAAUCGCAGAGCUCUAUAGUCUCGGAAAGCGCGAUGGCAACCCGUAGAGGCGCUUUCAACGCGGUCCUAGAGGCUACCACGUUUAUCAGGGGACAGGUCGAGUACCAUGGAAUCCCGUUGCUCUCCACGACGGACGCUCACUCCCGCAGCGAGAUUGAAUUGGGGAAUCCCUCCCUGUGGAGAGCUCCACUGGGAAGCCUUGAGCGUGCUGGAAGCGACUUGUCAGAGCUGAUAUCCACAACAAAUAACCACCCACAAGCGGAUGAGCUUGGCACGUCGCGGGGAGAGGAAGCAUGUCUAGGGAGUGACAAAUCAAACAGGUGA